AUGAUAUCAAGAAGCAUUUCAGCUCAAUUAUACCUCCUCGUCACUUUCCUUAUUCGUGAAUGCCUGGGAACCAAUUAUUACUUUGAUAGCCGGUCUUCCGGUAGUAGGAAUGGUGGGUGUUUGACACCUUUCAAUAAUCUAUCAGCCUUAAGGUCCCUCGACAUCGCGCCUGGAGAUAAUAUCUUCUUGAAAAGAGGAUCGAGGUUCUCUGACUCGUUGAUAUUGAACCAAAGUGGUUCUACCAACUUGCGAAUUACCAUUCAGGCGUAUGGAGAUCCCCAGCAAGCUAGCCCCGUUAUUGAUGCCGGUGACAAUGUCUAUCAACUCAAUGCUGUUCUUCUAAAUGGCACGUCACAUGUAACGGUUCAAGACCUCGACAUCACCAACCCGGGAGAUAACAAGACCCCCCGACGAGGAAUAUACGUGUACGCCGAAAAUUCAGGCGAAGUCCGAGAUAUCACACUGCAAAAUCUGUUUAUCCACGAUGUUCGUGGGUGGAUGCCGUCUACAACAGACACUGGAAUUGGAACGGGCAAAUAUGCAAAUGCCUCCGGAGCUAUCGUUUUCGAGGCUAAUGGAAAUAGCACCGAAAGCUACUUCGCCGAAAUUACUAUCCAAGACAAUGUCAUUCGAUCCGUUGACCGCCAGGGGAUCUAUACCUGGUCCAAUUGGUGCCGUCGACCUGCUAUGGCUUCAUUCUGGGACACGCUCUGCUUCCAACCUUGGCAUGCAUCAAAAGGCCUUUUAGUGCAACGAAAUCGCCUCUAUGAUAUUGGAGGGGAUGGAAUCGUUGUUACUGGGAAUGAAAAUGCUCUAGUCCGCAAUAAUACCGUCAUUGGAUUCAAUAAUCGUUCCCGGUCCCCGAAUGCGGGUAUAUGGACUGCCAAUAGCGACGGGUCCUUGUUUCAAUAUAAUGUUGUGUCUGGAGGUACCACAAUUCAAGAUGGAAUGGCCUACGACGUGGACCAUUCGACCUCCGGAACAAUCUUCGAGUACAAUGUGUCACACGAUAACGAAGGCGGCUUCUUUCUCAUAUGCCCAUACGAUAAACCAACCAAGAACUUCACUAUUCGCUAUAAUCUUUCUGUCAAUGACCGGACACGGAUUGUUGAAAUUUGCGAUGGCCAGCUUGUCAACGGCAAAAUAUACAAAAACACUAUUUUUAUCGGAGACGGCAUAUCACCUUUUAUUGUCACGGAGGAUACAAAUGCCAGUCUGGAUGUUCUUUUGACAGACAAUAUCAUAUACAAGACGGGCUCCGGAAACGGGCAAUGGCAGUUGAACGACACUGUAUUCUCGGUCAAUCACAAUCUUUUCUUCGGUCCAAUCGAUGAAUAUGAUGAAGCGACAGGCAACACAACCUCGGCCGCCGGUCUGGCUGCUGCAGGAUUGCGUGACCCCAAGGCAUACCUGUUAAUUCGGGACUCUGCGGCUUUUGAUUCUGCAGUGGCGAUUGCCGGGGAUGCCCGCAAGGAUUUCUUUUCGGAUCCCACGGUAGCGCAUAAAAACCUCGGGUUUUACUCUGGAGCUGCUACCAAGAAGCCAGUUUGGGUGGAUGACUUCAACCAAAACAGCAGCUUGGCCUCAGGAUGGUCCUCACAGGGCCAGGUAGCUCUUGUCGCAGAUCCAGCAGGGGACUUGGGUCAAUCGGUAAAGAUGGGCCCUGCGUCGGCAAUCUCCCACGCUCUCAACGUGACGUCUCCCUUCCGACUCAACGCAAGGAUCUGGGUUGUCUCGCCUGAUACCCAUGAUGGGGCCUUUCUGUCAAUUUGUCUUCAGGGUGUGUCUUCGGCAAUUGUCUUAUCGAAUUCUCCAGGGUUGCUUCCAGGGCAAUGGCAAAUAAUUGAAGUCAAUGUAUCAAAAGAAAGAGCCCGACUGGAGGCUACGGCAUCACUCGAUGGAGAAAAAUUUACCCUUUCGUUGAGAAAGAGCAAAUUGUCUUGUGCCGGAGUCACUUUUAACUCCGGGGCAACUACACUAUAUGUUGACGAUGUGUUCCUUACUCCCCUGUGA